AUGUUCAACUCGCGACAGCAAACACUGCUAGAUAUUGAGAUUGCUUUGAUCGUCAUCACCGCGAUUGUGGUGACGAUUCGGAUAUACUCGAGAGGAUGGCUGAAUAGGUCACUCGCAAUGGAUGAUCUUCUCAUGGUUAUUGCUACAGCAAGCUUCCCCAACUCGUGGACGGUUUCUUGUGGAAUUCGCGCGACUGACACACAUAGUACUUAGGCAUUCGCGAUUGCCUUGACGGUAGUCAAUACGGUACAAUUAAACUAUGGAUGGGGCAUCUCGAUAUACGAGCAGAAUCCGGAGUGGUUCGGGCCAUCCAGAAAGGUGCAUAUAGAUCCGCCUCCCACAUUCACUCCACCCUCUGACAGCGAACAGCUCUCCUGGUCUUGCCAGCUAUUCUUCCUGAUAUGUGCGACUCUCUCAAAGCUCUCCAUCCUGAUAUUCUACUUGCGCAUCUUUGAAACGACCGACAAGAAAUUCAGAAAUCUUGCGUACCUUGGCAUCUUUCUUGUGUCAUCCAUCGGAAUUGCAUUCAUAUUGAACGUGAUCUUCCAAUGCAGGUGUGUGCCCCCAUAGAGAAUUCUCCCGCAACAAUCAACUAACCGGAUCAGGCCAGUGCCAGCGUAUUGGGACCUCACACUUGGGGGAAAGUGUGUGGAUACCAGAACAUCCUACCUGGUGAGCGGGGCAUUGAAUACCUUUACGGAUUUUUAUGUCUUUUUCCUCCCAAUUAAAAUCGUACGGAGGCUCCAACUACCCCGACGACAGAAAAUCGGGCUAUUAGUCGUAUUUGCCGGUGGGCUGGUGUUCGUUCCCUCCGUUCCUUCCUCCGCCACAGGCUCCUGCUAACAAUAUUCCCCAGCGUGUGCAUCGCCGGCGCCGUGAGGAUAUCAUUCCUCGCAGCGGUAUUCAAUCCCUCCUCCGAUUACACCUUGAUCGGCACGGAUCUGUGGAUCAUCACGGCGACCGAACUAGACCUCGGCAUCAUUUGCGCGUCGAUCCCCGCCUUGAAGGCCUUCCUCGCCCGAUUCUUCCCAAGACUUUUGCACAGGCCUACCAAGCAAGUCCGUCAUGGCAUUUCCAACCGUAGCUAUCCCAUGAGCUCGAAGAGCGUGGCAUCAACCGGCGAGCGGAGGAGAACGGAGAGCGAGGAGUUCAUAAUUACAAUCGGCAUGGAGGGGUGUCAGACUGGAAAUGGUGGGGAACGGGCAGGGGGAACGGGCACAGGAGGGGGAUAUGGCGUGAGGUAGUGGAUGAGUUACACAAUACCCGAUGCCCCAGUAUCUACACUAGAUAUGCCUUUGUACGAUAUCGCUUUCUAUAUAGAAGCCCGUUGUAGUGGAAUACAAUACACCGUCGAUAGGAGG